AUGGAGGAUGCUCAAAAAGAAGCUAAACAAGCAACCACUUUUUCAGAAGCAGAACUUAUAACAAAAGAUGAGCUUGCAUUAGAUAGCUCAUUUUUUAAAGAUAAUAAUAAAGAGAAUAAUCCUCUUCAAGAGAAUAUAUCAUUAGCAAUUCCAAU